ACGGAACAUCCUGCCCUCAACGGAGAGGGGGAGGAGAGAGAGAGAGCCCGAGUGUGUGUGCGCAGAGAGAGGGGGAUAGAGAGAGGCUGCGUGUGCAUUGAGAAAGAGAGAGAGAGAGAGAGAGAGAGAGACGAGGUCUGGCGUCUCCCGGUAGUAAAUCUAUCAGGUCUUGAGAAGAAAAACUCGGACAAACAGACGGGGAAGAGAGAGAAGACUCCUCGAGGUAAUCCCGUCGUUUACUGGUGUCCUGGACCAGCAGAAGCAGAAGCAGCAGCAGCGCGUGAAGGAUUAAAACGCCCGACUGGAAGCACUGGAUGGUCGCGCGGACGGGCGGCGCGCUCUGAAGUUGGACAGACUACCAAGACACCGACAGCAAGCAGCAGCAGCGUCUUUUGUCCCCCCAACCUCCCCGAACCCCGUGAAGGCAGCGGCGGCACCGGGAGACUGUGCCCGCGCACCCCGACCAUGAAGCUGCCUUGGCUAUUGGCGCUCGCGGCGCUGCUUGCUCACGCCGCCAAGGGACAGACUUGGUCGCCGUCUAUCGAUGAUGACGGCUCGACGAGAGAUGAGUUCUACGAUGAUGAGGACCUCUACUCGGGCUCGGGCUCUGGCUUUCCUGAUAUCAGUAUGAGGCCAACAUCGGUGGGUGUGUCCUUCACCACGGAAGAGCCCCUCCUCCUUUCUACCACCCAGGCCACCGGGCCCGCCCCUUCCGCCUCACCUGCAGCUGAGCCGAGCCCCAACCCAGAGGAAACCACCACCACCCCGCUGACCACCGAGGCCGAUGGCGAGAGCGGUGUGUUCUCGGUAGGAGAGAGAGAGGAGAAUGAGAUGGAGGUAGAGAGAGAGAGAGAGAAAGAGCAAGAGAGGCAGAGGGAACUGGAGAAGGAGAGACAGUUGGAGAGGGAAAGACAGUUGGAGAGGGAGAAAGAGAGGGAAAGAGAGAGGGAGCGGGUCCGGGAAAUGGAGAGGGAGAAGGAGAGGGAGAGAGAGCGUGAGCGAGAGAGGGAGCGUGAGCGAGAGCGUGAGAAAGAGAGAGAGAGGCAGAGAGAGCGUGAGCUUGAAAGAGAGAGAGAGCUGGAGCGAAUCAGGGCCGCCGCCCAGACCACAGCCGCCCCACGAUCCCCUGCUGCAGUCCCCGUGGUGACCACCAAUCCGGCAAUCAGCCCUGUGGAAAGUGCAGCGCCCUCUGCCGGCUUGGACGACCUGAGCACCACAGAAGAAGAAGAGGACUUCAACAUGUCACCCGAACCUACAUCGUUUUACAUAGGCUUCGACAUGGAAACCACCACAGAGGAAGACAUGCCCACCACAGCUGAGACCACCCCUGAGCCCACCACAGCUGCACCUACCACCACCACGAUCACCACCACUGUCAAGACCAGGUUCGCCUUCAGGCCCAGGGUUCCAAGUACGACAGCCACUCAGGCAGUGCCAACAGAGAAAACAACCCGCCCACAGCAGCCCACAACUACACAGGAUGGUAACAAUGAUGUGGGUGCUGCAGGACCAAGUGGAGAUUUCGAGAUCCGCGAUGAUCGCCGUAAUGAUCUUGGUCAAGGUGUAAUGCCAGUGGAUCCUGAUCUGCUCGGCAACACGGUGGACGGAGGAAGCUCUGCCGCCCAGCUGCCACAGAAGAACAUCCUGGAGAGAAAAGAGGUCUUGAUAGCGGUGAUAGUGGGAGGAGUGGUGGGCGCCUUGUUUGCUGCCUUCCUGGUUAUGUUGCUGGUGUACAGAAUGAAGAAGAAGGACGAGGGAAGCUACACACUGGAGGAACCUAAACAAGCCACCGUCACCUACCAGAAACCAGACAAGCAGGAGGAGUUUUACGCAUAACACUCGUAUGCCAGAGAGACGCACCGCAAACCGAGGGAGAGAGAAAGAGUGAGAGAGAGAGAAGAGAGAAAGAUACUCUAAGCCCCUUCCUCCUGCUCCUCUUCUUCUUCGUCGCUUCCCCCUCAUCUGCUCGCCUCUCCUCAUCCCUCUCUCCUCUCGUCUCCAAAACACCUGAGAGCGCCUUUCUCUCUGCAGACUUGGAACUUUCUUUUCAAUGAAAACAAAAAAAGAGGACAAAAAAAAGAAAGAAAAAAAUCUAAAUAUAUUCUGAAAAAAUAACACAUAAACACAAGAUGUUUUUAAAAGUAAAUGUUGUUAUCGAUAUUCUGCAGAUUCUCUUGUUCUGUAUGUAAUGAUAUGAUUAUUUUGUAAAAAAAAAAUAACAACGGCAAAAAAACAAACAAAACACAAGCUCUUAACCUGUGUUUUCCAGCACAAAAAAAAGUUCCUCCUCUGUUUUUAUGGAGUAAAUGGAAAGGCUAAAAAGAAAGAGGAGAGGGGCGGUGCGAGCUGAGCGAGACACAAAAGAAAAAGAGAGUGGUGGGCUCAACCCUAACCCCCCCAAAAAACAGACGGAGCGUCUGGUUGGCCGCACAGAGCCCAGGGUCAAAGGUGAGAGGAAAGGUCUCUUUUGUGCCUUCCAUCCCUGUGGUGCUCAAGGACGUAAACGCACAUCCAUACAGCCACAUAAACAUACACAUGCACAUGCAUACACACACACACACUGGUGUCAGCUUGAAGGUGGCUCUGACCUCUCUCUCUGUGCUUGGCCAACCAGAAAACAGUGCUCGACCCUCGAUGUGUUUCACAACGUCCGGGAGCCGCUGUGGAAACAGUGUCUGGUCAUAUAGACAUUUGCUCACGCCGAGCCGGCGACCCAUCUGCUCCUCUUAGCUGUACAAAGACUAGUUAUGGAUAGUAAUAAUAACCAAUAAUAUAUCAAUGUUUUGGGGCUGGGUGGUGAAUAAUAAUAAUACCGAAAUAAUAAUAAUAAUAAUAACAAUAAUGAUACUUAAACAGGAGGAUGUGUAUUUAGCAGUUUUAAAAAAGGUUUAUAUGUAAAUAUCAACGUAUCCUUUCUGGCAUCACUAUCCAUCUGCAUGAUCAUGAAGAGUUUUUAUUCAUCACAUCAGUCAUCACUUAGAUGAACUGUGCUCUCGUCAGCCACAUACACACACACACACACACACACACAAACAAACACAGAAGUGCAGACAUAUAAAAUUGCUGUGCAUCUGAAUACACCACACAGACUUGAAAUAUUCUGUAAAUCAUAUCAUUCAAAUGCAUAUCAAACCCCUCAUCAUCAUCAUCACCAUCAUUGUGAUAGUCAUCACUUGUGAUACAAGCGAGAUCAGGUGGUUUCAAUAUGUUAUUGAUUAGUUAUGGAUCAUUUGCCGGUUGGUUUAGAGUUUGGUCUGUUUGUGUAAAAGCACAACUACGUGUCAUGUCAUCACGUCAUCUGAUACUCCCCCCACACACACCUUUUGCAUGACUCACUUUCUUUUUCUUCCACCAUUGGCUCUCUGUUUGGGGAUGGGCAGGGCCUCUGGGAAGUGAGAGGGGCUAUAAUGAAAAACAGGAAGCGUGAAUCUGUGCAGGAAGUUGCUCCCACAAGCAUUAAUUUGGUCAAAAUCACGACUUGUCAUUGAAGCUAAGGUUAUGAGAAGAGAGAGACUGAAUUGGUGUUCAUGGGGUCAACUUUGCCUGCUGUUGGACUCUUUUUUGGGGGGGGACAACAGGGAAAUGGGGUUAGGAUUCGGUUUGCGAAGGGGAAUGUGAGGAGACAGGAGUGCUUCUAUCUAAGAGAUUGUAACAAUAACCACACCAGUGCGACUGGGCUAGUAGCUUCUAUUAUAAUCAGUACUGUAGAACAAAAAUGCAUGGGAGUCAAAACUAUACUAGUCUCGGUGUGUGUGUGUGGAUGCCUGUGUGUGUUUCUGUGCGUUUGAAAGAAAAAGAGGGGUGAGUUAAAGUUGGAAUGUACUAUGGUUGAGUGUGUGUUUACCUACUCCAGCAGUUCUCACGCUCUUCCACAGACAGGUAACACACCUCUUCCACUCCUGUGUGCGUACGUCACCUGCCCCCUCACCAGUAUGAGAAUAUGUGUGUGUGUAUGUGUGUCUACACUUCAUCUAAACCCACCACCUGUACGUGUGUCUGUGUGUGUGCGCGCGCUUCACCUUGGUAUUUCACAGCAGACUUGUGUACACUGACUAGCCUGUCGACGUGUGUGUCUGCGUGUGUUUAGUCUGUUCACUGCUGAACGAGGGACAGCUGGUCCCUCACAGUGGCUUUCACACUCUAACUGUCUUUUCACUGUCUGUCUGUCUGCCUGUCUGUCUCUCUGCCGCAGGGCAGACGGGCAGAUAACACGCCACUUUCUCACAGGCAGGAAUGAUCUUAACACGUACUGUCUUUUCUAAAGUGACUGUCAAAGUGUAAACGUGUGUUUGUACCCAUCUAAGCCUGCGUAGCCAAAUAAGACGUGUGGGUGUGAGAGAGAGGGUGAAUUUGUACGUGUGUGAGUCUAGGUAUGUGUGUGUGUGUGUGUGUGUGAAGCCCAAUGGAGGCUACACGACUCUAUGUUUGCUGUUCCCAUUCCUGUUUUUAUACAUUUGCAUUUUUUUAAGGCUGAGUUUCUGUCAUUGGCUGAGUGAGCGAGAGGAGGCGGAUCCUCUACGCCACCGCCCUGUCACUAAUUUGCCACUCUGUUCCAAAUAAAAAACCUGAUUGGGUAAAUCU